GUGUCUUGAUUCUCGUAGGCUCUGUGGUGUCGUGGUGGCUGUAUGUUGGAGAUCGUGGGUGGGUGGAGAGGAUGGUUAUUGGUCUCUAUCUAGUACUCAAAACUUCUUCGCAGUUGUCUGAUUUGGGCAUAUUUGCUGUCUACGUCUUGCUGUUGAUGGGAGGAGCUGCGAGAUCGGGGGUCCGCGAGUACAAAUUAUCAGCUGUGUUCUGUGGCCGCAGCUUCGACCUUGGUGACGCAGAUAUCGGGGCGAUGAAGGUAGGACGUAGAACAAGUUAUUUACUUUCUUGCUAUCUAGGGAUAUGUAUGCUCCGUAACCAUAACGCAAAAUCUAGGUGAUAUUCUAUAGCCUUCAUCAGUCUGGAUCACAUAUAUGAGAGGUCCUGUAAUUAGUCAUUUCAUCUAGUAAACGAAAAUGAUACAUAGACUCUUAUACUGAGUUUAAAGUCCUAUUGGCAUGUAGAG